UCCAGGAAGAGGGUGUCCUGCCACUUUGAGUUGGUUCUGGAGAAAUAUUGAGUGUUAGUUGCCUCUCAGGUACCCAAAUGGAGAUGCUGAGUAGGCAGUUGGAUGUAUGUGACUGGACGAAGAUGGAGAGGCUGGAGAUGUGAGUUUAGGAGGCACCUGGGUAAAGAUGGCAUCUGAAGUCACAAGACUGAAAGGGAGCACGAAUGGAUAGAAAAGAAGAGAGGGCUGAGUCCGAGUCCUGGGGCAACCUGGGCGUAAAGGGAGAAAAAGAGAAACCAGGAAAAGAGAAGAAAAUGAGGUGGGAAGCAGCUCUAGAGAGUGGUUUCCAGGACACCAUGUUAAGAAAGUGUGUCAAGGAGGGAGUGAUCCAUUGUGUCAAAUGCUGCAAAUAGGCUGAGGAAGAUGUAUACAGAGAAGUUUAGCAAAAUGGAGCUCACUGGCAGUGCUGACAGUGGCAGUUUCAGUGGAGAGGGGGAGAAAGCCUGAUUGAAGAGGCAAAAAGGAACGGGAAACAGUAGGCAAACCUCUUUAGAAGUUUUGCUUUAAAGUGAAGCAGAAAUGGGAGGGUAGCUGGAUGGGAACUGUUCGCUUUUCUUAACAGAAGAAAUUAAAAUAUGUUGGUAAAGCAGUGAGAAUAAUACAGAGAAGAGGGUGAUGGAGAAAAUGGGGGAAAGUCCUGGGGGAAAGUCCUAGAGAAAAUGAGAAAGGACAGAUUUCAGUGCACAACAGUAGGAAUCGAGGUCAGCAGGCAGUUUACAGAGUCUCAGGAGGGAGGCAUGUGGGUGGGUGAAUGAGGUGAUGUGAACCUGAGUUUACUGAUUCCCAUGAUUUUCCCGGUGAAACAGGAAGCAACGUAAUUAGCCAAGAGUAACAAUGGAGAAGGACUUGAUGGAGGUUUGUUGAGAGGAGGAAUAUGACAUAAUUCUUUAGCAUGAUAGGCGGGGCCAGCUGAGGGGAAUUUGAAACCGCGAUGCGUGGAAUGUGGAGAGAGCUACUUUUUCCAGUGCGAUAUUGGUCCCUCUAGGCGCUCGGUAGUCUGCGUCCGUUUCCUUGGAGACCGAGACAAGAGAGAAAGCAUCAGGUCUCUCUGGAAAGUUUGAGUGGCCUUGGUUACCGCGCGAUCCACGCUGAGACAAGGAAGUUGGAGAAGCCGAAGAAACAGGCAUCCCCCAAAAUCGGGGCCCCAAAGCCUCGGGACUCUUCUUCCAUUCUCCCAAAUGGCGCGCGACUUUCCAAAACGCAGCCACUCUGGGAUCGGCUCCACAGUCCCCCAGUUCCAGGUUCCGGAUUAUGUUCCAUGGCAGCGGUCCAAACAGAGAGCCAGGCCAUCUACUCUGCCUCCAAUCCCACAGACUGUGAAAAGCAAAAGGAAGACCUGGUCUACCGUCCAGCCAGGGUGGCAAUCCAAGCCUACCUUGUGGAUGACAAGCCAGCCGAGGAAUCCAGUAGAGCUGCGCAGAGGAAAGCUGGACUCUGGGAAGACACAGGCCACAAUCCGACUAAUGAGGACAAUGCUCCGGAACCGGCGAACCUCGUACCAGGAGCUCUGCGACCACGAGGACUUCCUCACCAAGCUCUCUGGGGAACUGAUCAAGACCAUCCAGGACACAGAGGACGGCGCGGCCCUGAAAGUGCGCAUGUUGCUGCAGCAGCAGGACGUCUACACGACCAUCACUGACAUCUUGGAGUACUCCAACAAGAAGAAGCUGCACCAGAUGAAGUGUGAGCUCCAGGAAUGGGAGGAGAAGGAGGAAUCCAAGAUCCACAACCUAGAGCAGCAGGUGGAGCAGCUGGAUGCCCAGAUCAAGAAGGUCCGUGAGCAGGUGAGCUUUGUGAGCACAUACAAGGACCACGAGUACCCCAUCAAGUUGGUACAGGUGGCCAAUCUCGUGCGCCAGCUGCAGCAGGUGAAGGACAGCCAGUUGGAUGAGCUAGAUGAACUCAGUGAGAUGUGCAGAAUGGUCCUGGCGUCUAUGUCCAACCAGAUUCAGAAUAAGAAAAAAAACCUUCUGAGGUCUUUGGUGGUGAAAAUCCAGCGUGCCAAUCAGGAGACUCUCCUGCAGAAGACCUGGAAUACCCAGGUUAUACUGAAAUACAUGGACAAGUUCCGAGAAUCUUCCUCCUUGGCUGUGCCAUUAAUGCCACUCAUCUUCCAUCUGAGAAGAGAGUUUGUCCUGGACUAGGCCUUGCCUCAUUAACCAACACCACCAGCCGUGACCCAUCGGCAGCAUCACCAAGCUUCACCCACACAACCAUCACUUUACUAUCACUACCCACUCCUUGUCUUCACCUCUUCAUUCUCGACAUUGACCAUCACUCAAGACCAUGUUAAUGAAUUCCAUGAUCACCACCCUCUCACGGUAAUUUUUGUUAUCUUGCACCUUUGUCAGUUGUCUGCGUGAAUGACCUUCAUCACCUCCACCAGCCCCCACUAAUUCUCACUGUUGAGCACUGCCACCCCCUUGCAGCCUGUCUCCCUCACCUUUUUCAGCACCAUCAAACGUUGUCAGUAACUCAUGAGCCAGCCCUGCCCUGCAAGGAGAGAGCCCUGCUUUGAAGUCCAGAAGUCCCAAUGACAAAGCCCAGGCCAUUUCCCUAGAUGUUCUUAUUCACGCAUUUUGUCCUUUUCUUCUAUUGGUUGGGGGAUGUUUGGUUUCUCACUUUCCCCUGCUUU